AUGCAGCUCAGCGACCGGUUACAACAUCUUCAAACCGGCUACUACGCGUGCCAUCAACCAGCGUGUCACAUUUGCUCGUAUAAAGUCGUUAUGGCUUCAGUUGAAAAAAAUUUGGCGAGCAUGAUGACAACAUUUCGUUUAAUACGUGAGAAGUUUCCAUCGGAAACACUCGAAUAUGUCGGCCAGGCGCAGGCCAAAGACAUGGUUCCGUGGAAGGUUCCACAACUCCUCAAUGCACUUGAUCAAGCGACCAGGACAUUCGAAGUAAUUGAGGAUUCCGCACCACCCGAACCACCAUCUUCGCCUUCAUCGCUGACGCUACAUUUCACAUCGCAAUCCUCCCCGCGAGGAUUACGCUCAUCUAAUACGUCGACUGGCAGCGAAUGGCGAACGGUUUGUCGACGAGAUCGAGCUGGUCAAUGGGCAAGUGCGAGGUCGGUUCGAGUCAGUUGGUCAAGUGCGGUCGUGCUUGGAAGUCGGUUCGAGAUCAAGUUGACAGCAGUUGGAACACGCAGAUACGAGGAGAACGACAUCGUCGGUCAACGACGACAAGUUAUGCUCCGACGUUUGUGUGGUUUGAUGCGACUGUGGUUGAAUGGAAGCGUUAGAAGCGACAGUCAAACAGCGGCGAGUUACGACGACACCUGUUAA